ACCACAUUGUUAGUCAAAACAAUCGCCGAAUUCAGGAUCUAUUUUUAGACAGCACGCACUAAGCUACAGUACUUUACCAUUUUUCUUGUGCAUCGAAAAAAAAGAAAAGAUAGUUUUAGUGUUUUACUUAAGUGUCUUUCGAUUUCGGGAAGGUUCAACGACCUCAGGAUAAUUGUGACAAGAGAGCGACCGGCCAUGUUUAUAUCGUGGUGAAUUUUAAGCUAGCGGCCCGUAAUCUACAAGUAAUAUUCCACGUGUACUUGUUCAAUACUCGUGUCGUGUACCGUACGUCCAGCACGGUGUCUAAGGCUUUUGCGAGAUGGAAUCUAGCGAAAGAGAGCGAUCGAGAGUUGACCGUUCGAACGCGAAACAACCAAAGAGGAGUGCAUUGAACGAAACCAAAUCGAUACCAAAAGAAGAGGGGAAGUUAGCUCGAUUUAGAGAAGGAAGGAGGAGAAGGAGGAGAAGGAGGGAGAGGUGGAGGAGGAGGUCGAGGAGGAGGAGGAGGAGGAGGAGGAGGAGGAGGUGAUAUGGUGGUCGGCUAGUCGUUUUUUUCGUUUCUCUUCGAGAUGACGCGACAAGGAUAUCGUGCGUGUUUCGCUUGAGAGUAGGAUCUUUCGGAUCUUUCGGUGAAGUGUAGAAGAAGGGGGGGGAAGGAAAAGAAAAAAAGAAAAAAAAAAAGAAAAGAAAAGUAAAAGUGACGAGUGAAAACAGGAAGAUCAAGACUGCCAAGAUGAUGAAGAAGGAGAAACCGAUGAUGUCGGUGACCGCCAUCAUCCAAGGGACUCAGGCCCAACAUUGGUCCCGUGGCAACACUUGGCUAAGUCUGGACAACAGCAACAUGUCCAUGUCCUCAGUGGGCCCGCAAAGUCCACUGGACAUGAAGCCCGACACAGCAAGCCUCAUCAACCCCGGAAACUUCAGUCCUUCCGGCCCCAACAGCCCGGGAUCCUUCACCGCUGGUUGUCACAGCAACCUUCUAAGUACGUCGCCGAGUGGCCAGAACAAAGCAGUCGCACCCUACCCGCCGAACCACCCUCUCUCCGGAAGUAAGCACCUCUGCUCGAUUUGCGGUGACCGUGCCAGUGGCAAGCAUUAUGGUGUCUAUAGCUGCGAGGGUUGCAAAGGAUUUUUCAAGAGGACCGUGCGCAAGGACCUGUCGUACGCGUGUCGCGAAGAGAAAUCCUGCAUCAUUGACAAACGGCAGAGAAAUCGAUGUCAGUAUUGCAGAUACCAGAAAUGCCUGGCGAUGGGAAUGAAGAGAGAGGCGGUCCAAGAGGAACGUCAACGUACCAAGGAAAGGGAUCAGAGCGAGGUUGAGAGCACUAGUAGCCUGCAUUCGGACAUGCCGAUCGAGCGUAUCCUGGAGGCCGAGAAGAGAGUCGAAUGUAAGAUGGAGCAACAGGGAAAUUACGAGAAUGCAGUGUCGCACAUUUGCAACGCCACGAACAAACAGCUGUUCCAGCUGGUAGCAUGGGCGAAACACAUCCCGCAUUUUACCUCGUUGCCACUGGAGGAUCAGGUACUUCUGCUCAGGGCCGGUUGGAACGAGUUGCUGAUAGCCUCCUUUUCCCACCGUUCCAUCGACGUGAAGGACGGUAUCGUGCUGGCGACGGGGAUCACCGUGCAUCGGAACUCGGCGCAGCAGGCCGGCGUGGGCACGAUAUUCGACCGUGUCCUCUCGGAGCUCGUCUCGAAAAUGCGUGAAAUGAAGAUGGACAGGACAGAGCUUGGCUGUCUCAGAUCUAUAAUACUCUUCAAUCCCGAGGUUCGAGGACUGAAAUCCAUCCAGGAAGUGACCCUGCUCCGUGAGAAGAUCUACGGCGCCCUGGAGGGUUAUUGCCGCGUAGCUUGGCCCGACGACGCUGGAAGAUUCGCGAAAUUACUUCUACGCCUGCCCGCCAUCCGCUCGAUCGGAUUAAAGUGCCUCGAGUACCUGUUCUUCUUCAAAAUGAUCGGUGACGUACCGAUCGACGAUUUUCUCGUGGAGAUGUUAGAAUCGCGAUCAGAUCCUUAGGAGCAGAAGGUGUGCCGCGUCUUGGGGCACACCGAUUUAUAAAAGAUACGACAGAAAAACAAAUAUAAAUAUUAUAUAUAUAUAUAUAUUAUAUAGAUUAUAUAAUAUAUCAAAAAAGCAAAGAACAUCAUUGAAGAUAUAUAUAUACAUAUAUAUAUAUAUAUAUACAAAUAUACAUAUAUAUAUAUAUGUAUGUGUGUGUGUAAAAAAAGGAAAUUCCCGUUGAUAACUUCGAUAUAUGUCUCUCAGUGAAAAAGAAAAAAAGAAAAAAACGAAAUAAAAAUAGAGAUUCUCGCAUAUCUCGAGCGAGAUAGAAUUUACUUACAUUUCUCUUUUUCACUGUUUUAUUUAUAUUUCUGUUCGUUAGCGCAUUAUUAAUAAUCAACGUCCUUUUCUUCGAUUCGUAUCGAGAGCAUGUCGGAAGUCGAACAAUGGAUGCCUAUCGCUGAGAACGAAUCAACGGGAUUUAUAUAACAUCUUCGAGAGUCGAUCUGACGAAUUUUCAAACUCGCUGUUAUACCUCGGAAUGAUCUCUCUUUCUCUUUGCAUUCUUUAGUCUAUGAUACACGUUGUUUACGUAUGUCAUACAUUGUACGAGUAAAAUUCUCACGUGUGCCGAUUUCCUGAUCGGAUAUUGCCGAUUCACAUUAGAUUUCAAUUGCGUUCACAUUGAACUGUGCACAUCCUAAAAUCAUGUGGAAGUUCCUAAGAUACCGAUUUCUUAUGCUCUCCCUUUUCUCUUCUUCACUCUCUACUUUUUCGACUCGUGUAUUAAUUUUUUUCUUUGUUUUACUAGUCUUUCAAAAUAUAUACAAUAUGUAGAAUGAUGAUACAACUCUUCGAUCUCCUUCAUUUUAUGUGAAUUACAAUCCUCGGUGUUGGUUCAAUCUAUAAUAAGCGUGACAAGCUUUUUUUUACAUUCCAACGCUGCCUCGAUUCGGAUCGUACACUUGGAUGAGCCAUAAAGAGCAUCUUUAGAUAUAUUAUUAUUAUACAUACUUACAUAAAACGAAAACGUUUUACACGUGUGUGCAUUAUACGAUAAUUUAUUGUUUUGUAUUUUAGAGUAUAGAGAAAAAAAAUAAUAGUAAAAUUUACUAAUUUCAUUAUCAAUUAAAUAUAUUAUAAUAUUUCUUUAUAUAUAUAUAUUGUAUAUAUAUAUAAUAUAUAAAUAUAUUAUUAUAUAUAUACAUAUAUGCAAAUACAUACAAGUGUGUAUAUAUAUAUAUAUUGUAUAUAAAUACGUAUAUAUAUAUACUUGUAUGCAGCUUAUGUAAUAAAAAAUAUUGAAAUUGUAACACAUAAUAUUAUAAAAUGAAAAAUUAAUGAAAAAGAUGGAUAUACUCCAGGUAUCAUUUAUCAUACAUAAACAUAUUCACAUUGUUAAAAGAUAAACUGAUAAUAUGAAAGAAAAUUUCUUAUUAAGAGCAAUUUUUAUUUUUGGUAAAUUGAAAAUCUAUAUAUAGAUCAUGUAUUAUUAUUUUUUGUUUUUUUUUUUUUGUGUUUAAUAGCAAUUUUUUGUUAUGUGUAAUAGUGAAUAGUAUGUAUAAGUUAAUACUAUUCUUAAUAAUUUACUAUUUGAUGCAAAAAUUGAAUUUAAUGUAUUAUAUUGUGAAAACUCUUAAAAAAACAUUCAAGAGAUACAAUGCUUGCAAUGUAGAGUUUAUCCUUUAAACCUAGAUAUUUAAGAAUUAAUUGAUCAAGAACAGAUCUAAGAUAGAAACCUUAUUAUCGUUGUUAGUGAUUCUCAGAAUUCUCAUGAUGAUUUUAGCUGAAGGAUGUAAGAAAAUAAUAGAACUUAAAAAAAAUGAAUCUAUUUUAUAUUUUACUUUUUUAAAUUUUGAAAAAUUUAUUGAGUUGUGUUAUUUUUAAAUGAUAACAAAAAAUUUGAAUUGUGAUUAUUAUAUUUUUAAUAAAAUAUUCAUUGAUUUUAAAUUCGUGGCAAUAAAGAUUCUAAAUUUUUAUAUAUUUUAAUCAUAAAAAUAUAUAAUAUAUAUUUUAUAAUUUAUUAAAAUAAUUAAUAAAUAAUUAUUGAAAUAAUUUUAGUGCAUUAUUAAAAAUAUUUAUAAAUAAAAAUAUAUUUAUAUUCCCUUUUAUAAAAUAUUUAAAUUUAUUGUUUUUAGAUUGUAAUUUAAUUUUAAGAUUUAAAAACCAGAUCUGUUUUUCUGAUAUCCUUCAGUUUUAAUUAUCUAUAUAAAUUACUAUAGUAUCCCUAGAAAUCAUAAGAAAUGAUCAUACUUACUUCGAUAAUAUAAAUUAUGAUAAUAUUAAAAUAUUAUUAAACAUAUUUCUAUUUUUGCGUGAAUGCUUACGAUUGUUAGUUGUUGGUUAUUGUUAUCUAUUUGAUGAGAGUUUUUAAUGUUAUGCAUUAUCAUCAUGGGAAAAAAACAUAUUAUUAAAUUCCUGAUUUUUUUUUAAUA